AUGGCGAUUGAUCCUUCGCUGGCCGAGACUGAUAUUUUCGAUGAAGUAUUGAAAUACGGCCUGUUUCUAGGGGCCAUAUUCCAGCUGGUGUGCAUUGGGGCUGUCAUGUUCGUGCCCAGCAGAGACGAUCGCAGGGUGAGUCAGUUGACAAACGGUAGGGAGAGCAGGUCCACCGCGGCCAUUUCUAAAAUGGAUGGUGACUCAAGUGACGAUGAUGGAUCAGAGCAUGGGUCACCCCAUACAUCACCACCUCAUCGUGGCCACAAUCAGCACCAUCGCCGCAAGCAGGACAAGAAGAAAAGACGAUGAGGGAGGGGAGAAGUGUUGACAGUCAAGGUAGUUACACAGACUGUCCACAUGGAAAUUGGUGGUGUAGAGCAGUAGCAGAUCCACAUCAGUUGCUCUGGCCUUCGGGAAAAAAUGGUGAGUGCUUGAUGUCACUAAGUGCUCUCAUGGAAACAAAUGAUAAAAGAAAAAAUAUGUGCCAUGAAGACAUAUUUGAUAAAGAUUGUUUAUAAUUUGAUUUUUAUAUAAGCAAUAUGAUUAAAGAUGUAGCUAUCAAUGACUUAUAGUGCAAUAUUACAUUCAUAGCAUUGUGGAGGAUUCUCAUCCUUCUUAACAUGGGAUUUUGCAAAAUUUAUUGGGCACAGUUACAGGAAUUGGCAUUGGCAUUGGUAUGUAAUGCAUUUAUUUAUUUAUUUACUUUUUUUAUUUAUUUUUUUUUUAUUUUUUUUUUUAGUGACAACAUGUACUAAAUAAGGUUGUGAAUCCAGGAGUUUUGGAUGUGAUGAUAAUUGUUAAGAUUUUUUUUUUUUUCUCAAAGCACUUUGAGUUGGUAUCUAUAAAUGCUUGGUAAUGGUCUUGGCUGACAAGUAGGAACAUAUAUAGUUGUUAUAUGCAGUGAUGCUUUUCUUUUUCUCCCUUGCUAAUGUUAUGUUUCAUACAAAUGUUGGAAGAUAUGAAGGACCUGAAAUGUUUGUUUAUUUAUUGUUUUUAUGCAAACAUGAAGAAAAAGAUGUUGCAUAAUAGGAAUUUGUUACAUUUGAUAUAUAUGCAUAGUAUAUUAAUUCCAGUGCAUUACCCAGUGAAUUUAAAGAGUGUGUGUGUGUGUGUGUGUGUGUACUUCAGAAGCAGUCUCUGCUAUGCCAUGAAAAGAAAAGCUGUGAGAUUAAAGUAUCUAUAUCUACAUACCUGUCUGUGUACUGUAUGGGUGUGUGUUGAUUUUUAUAUGAAUUCAUGAUGAAAUUGUUCAUUUGUACAGGAUUUUGAUUGAAUCGUAGUAACACUGUGAAAGCAUAGGAAAUUAAUCUAUGAUUAUUUGGCAUAUUGUCAUUUUGUGAUGCUUUAGACAUGACACUGUUAAUUGUAGCAUAAUGCAUUUGUGUGUGUGUGUGUGUGUGUGUGUGUGUGUGUGUGUGUGUGUGUGUGUGUGUUAUUUUUUUCCUUUACAAAUAAAUCACCUUAGUUGACAGCUAUGGAAGGCUUAACUUUGAAAAAAAAACUGAAGAUGAUCAGGAAAAGGAGAUUGGAACAGUAUGCCAGAGAGUUAAUGAGGGGAGAAGUAUAAUUUGCCAUGAACAAAUAAGUAGAAUAUUGUUGUUGAGAUAUACAAGACUUGACAUGGUUUAUAUACAUUACUUGCACAACUAGCAGAUAAACUAAUAUAGAAAACCUUAUUCACAACUCUUACUCAUAAGCCUGGGAAGACAUAAACAAAACACCAUUUAAUAUCUUGUCACACUCUCCACAACAGAGUUUUCAAGAAGGUACUUAGAGACACUUCAUGUUCUCUCAGAUCUCUGAAUUGGUACUGGUAAAAAUGUUUGCUCAGGCAGUUUCAAACAUUAUGAUAGUAAUUUUUAAUAUUUUGACAUUUUAAAAAUAUUCAAAAUUUAAGACUGAAAAAUGUAUCUUAAUUAACUGAAUGCUCAGUUUUUUUCUCAUCCAGUAGUCUAAAUUGAAUAAGUAAUACUAUGCAGCAUUUGAGCUCUUUACAUUAAAGCAAGUUGGAAAAGACUUGUGUCUUCCUUUCUAUUGUAAGGUAAAUGUUUGUGAAAAGGGUAAUUUAUUCUACUGUGGUUGUAUGUCGCAUUAAAUUAUAUUUUUUGGUGGUUCAGUUCUGUAUACUUUCAAACUGGACAGGUUACAGUGUGGCCAUUAUAAAUAUGCUACAUACAUAUGAAGGGUGUUUUCAGCAUUUUGUGUUUGGUUACUAUUUUUGAUGAAUAUUGUUUUGUGUUUUAGUACUUUCUAUGCUUCCUGUGUAUUUUUUAAUAAAUGCUACAUGCAGACUUAAA